AAUCUGCCUGCCGGGCCCGGGGAGCUCCGUUAUUUUUUCCCUGGCCAUUUUCCGGUUGCUCCCCCAGAUGGGCCGGUCCAACAACUCCCGAGUUCGGACUCACCUUGAUGGACAGUUUGCGCGAAACGGCGCGAUAUAGGGCGCCCAUUCCGUGACCAUGAACUGCUCCCUGGGCGUCAAUGCCUUUCGGCCAGGCGUCCAGGUCGCCGCUCACCAUUUUUCCAAAGCAUGUAGCCGACUGCUCGUCGCCGCCGCACCCACGACGCGAUGCUUCUCUUCCACGACAUUGCUCCCAUCCAGACAAUGGCAAGCCAACCGGGGCCGCCUUUCUUCUUCGACGCCAUUCUUCGGUCCCUCUUCGAUUCCGCGCAUCGCCGUACGCACCCUCAAGUUUGCCGCCCGCAACAGGAUCCUCAUUCACUAUGUCGACCUACCCCCGAACUACAAGGAUGAGGAGGGCUUGCCGUUCCGCGUCGAUGACCUGGCAGCUGGCGAGGUUCUUCAGCUAUUCGGGCCCGGCAUGACCACUCCUGCGGCGAACAGGUUGCUGAAGAUUCUUCACGGUCGACGCGUCGCUGGAACCCUUGACGACCCUGUGCUCAAAGUCAACACUGCCGGAUACACUCCUAAAGACAGGAGAAUCGCACUGGACUACCUCCGCAAGAACAUCCAUGUCGACGAGGUCGUGAACGCCGGAUUACGCGCCGAGGACGAGCUGGAAGCGCUGGAGAAGCAACAAGAAGAAGACGCCCAGGCCCAGGCCGAGGGAGAGGACGACGUAACCAAGCAACUGGGGUACAAGUCACGGUUCAAGGUGUACGAGGACGAUUCUGAGGGUCUCGAGGAAUCCGAGAAAAAGAAACCCGAGCCUCAGUCGGUUUACGGCAAAAGCGCUUUCGAUGCUAUCCGCGCGCGGAACGAGGCUAUCUGGAAGGAGAAGCUCCGGAAGCAGGAAGAGGAACGCAAGAAGCUCGAGGAAGAAUACAAGAACGGCAAGGCCGGCCCUCUCGCCAAAGCGGACGACACCCCGAAGCGUGAGGUUAGCGCCAAGAGAAAGGAAUGGGAGGAAUGGGCCAUGUCCGACCUCAAGGAGCCUCCCAAGAUGCCCGCGUGGAAGCGUCUGCUGCCCUCGACCGUCUUUGUCGCUCUCCUCGUUGCCGGUUUCCUCACAUACUCGCAGCUCUACGUCGCCCCCAGCCGCGAAAACAGGUUAUGGCCCGAUUGCCCUCCAGCAGCCGCCACCGUUGCCGUCCUCAUCGGCGCCAAUGUUCUGAUUUGGUUCCUCUGGAAGGUCCCCGUCAUGUGGAAGCCUUUGCUCCGGUACUUUUUGAUUUCGCCUGCGACACCCAAGGCGUUCAGCAUGCUUGGUGCCGUGUUCUCUCACCAGGUUGUCUGGGGCCAUUUGAUUUUCAACAUGCCUAUCCUCUGGUUCUUUGGCACCCGGCUUCACGACGAGGUUGGCAGGGCCGACUUCCUGACUACCUAUAUCUUGUCCGGAUCUGUUGGUUUCCUGACCAGUCUGUUCUGGCUCGUCCUGAAGGGCAACUUCCAUAUGACUACCCUCGGCGCAUCCGGCGCCAUUUACGGUAUCUCGGCAGCCUACUUUUGGAUGCACAGAUUCGAGGGCUUCAAGAUCUUUGGCCUGCCUCCUGACCCGUAUACUGGUGUCCAGGGAUUGGCCUUUAUUGGAUUGUUUGGUGGCUUGAACAUUUGGGGAUUGUUCAGCAAGAACCAUACCAUGGAUGUCGUAUCCCAUCUGGGCGGCAUGGUCAUUGGUAUUAUCGCCGGUCAUCUGAUGGAGCAGAAGAAGAAGGCGAGGCUUCAAGGAGCCGGAAACACUCAGCUGAACCUGGAGGACCAGAAGACUGGGUCGGGUGUUCUGGACACCAUGCUUGAGAAUAAGUAAAUGAUGUGUAAAUAUGAACAUUUUGUAUAAUUAGCUGUAUAUUGUUCUUGGUACUACCUUUGUUUACUCGAG